CAGACGCUAAGGAUGCUUCUGCUGCUCCUGCUCCCCAUGGCAGUUCUCCUGUCCCCCGGGGCUCCUGCUGAGACACAGGAUGGAAUGGAUGGGGGGGUCCUGAUCUCAGAGGACUUUGUGCCGCCUGCCACCCACUCUGACUCUGGCCACAUCGCCCCCCUGCUCAGCGCCCGCAAGGCCAAUCGGCGGGACUGGAGCCGCCCACGGAUCGAAGUGCGUCUGAAGAGUCACAAUCAGGUUGAUCCAGUGAUAGACACGGCCAUGGCCCUGAGGGGACCCCGCCCUGUGCUCCUGCUGUCCCACAUCCUGCUGUCUGGUUCCUUGGGCCUGAUUGGGGAACGUGACGGGUACACGCAGUUCAAGAGGCAGCACAUUGAUUACCCUAAGACCAAUGCCCCCGACAACCAGAACUAUUGCAACUACAUGAUGAAAAAACGCAACAUAAACAAAGAUGCCCCCAACUGCAAACCCAUCAACACCUUUAUCCAUGCCUGUGAACAAGAGAUCCAAGCCAUCUGCUGCUGUGAAAGGAUAAGCAACAACAGCAACAUCUACCAGAGUACGGCAAUCUUCAACCUCACCAUAUGCCGGCGGAAUCCUAAAAACUGUACAUACGAGAAACAAGAAAAGACUUCCAAGAUCCGCGUGGCUUGUAACGAAGAGCACCUGCCCGUGCACUUCGAAAAAUCUAUGCAAGCAACUUCUAUGUCUCUAGAGAAGAUCCAAACCCAACUGGGUCGCACCUCGACUGGGCUGCCCCGCCCCCACAAGGAGCGCAAGCAGGGAGCGGCUCUGAAACCUCAGGUGGGGACAGAGAGCUAA